AUGAUUUAUUGUUAGAAAAAUCAGUUUAUGAGUAUGUUGAAAUUCAACAAUAUCUUCCAAACAAUAUUAUAGACCGGUACCGAUUUAUGAAAGAAGUGCAACUUACAUUUCCAAUCGGUGUAUAUAG